UGUAUUCUAAUUCAGAAGACUGAUUUAUGUGUCGUGUUAGUGCUGCUGUUAUCCCCACCUCACACUUAAUGUAGCAGGAGAUGGCAACAUGCUCUGUGUGCUCAGAGCAUGUCCUGAGAGAGAUGGAUGCUUGGGCACCCCCACAGCUCUGAUUAUUGGUAUCUGAGACAUUUUGGUGGUCUGAGACCUUUUCCCAGAGCCUGAACUGCAGAGAAAGCAGUUUGAAGCCCCUUACAAAGGUGCCAGAAUGGACCUACAGAGCCUGAGCCAAUUUGUAGCUUGAGAAAGUUUCUCACUCAGAUGGCAGAUAGGGGGCUUGCCAUGCUCACUGCCUGCUGGACAGGCAGCCAGGCCUCAUGGAGCGACUGGAACAGUUGGGCAGUCCCCAUUUGAGGUUCCAAGAUUUGGGAAUGAGCAGUAGCAUUUUGAUCUCGGGCAGGAGACGAGGUUGGCAUCACCAUUUUUGUGGUGUCAGCAGAAGAGGGAGAUAGAGCUUGAAUUCAAGCUUUGCAUAGCCCUCCAAGGUUGUAGUCUCCGUUCCAAAGCACAUAUUUUGAGAUGAAUGGAUUGGAUCAGACUUAAAUAGUUCUAAUAAAUAACCUUUGGGCUCUCUCUGUGCCUACUAAGAGCAGAGUCUUGAUUUUAAGAAACUACUUUAAAGUUAAAUGUACCUUCAUCCCAUUUAUGUUGCAGGUGAUUGAAGCUGAUAAUCAUUCAGUGAGCUGAGGUGAUCUCGAGAGCAGAAUGUGUUAGGACACAGCUGUGUUGAGGGAGAGCUGCACUUUGACCCUAAUAACUUGACAAAGCUGAAUUUUAAAGAUCCCAGAAGAUGGUGUCUGCUUGCAUCCUGGUACUAAGGCACUGACAGCAGUGGGAGUCACUCGAGUAGUUGUCUCACAAAGAGAAGAUUGGCCUUGCCUGCCUGGGAUUGCUGCUGAUCCCCAGGUCAGUGAGCUGGGGAGGUCACAGGGUAUGGGAGGUCUCCAGAUUCACUGAGAUUUCUGUGUCCAGUUUCCAGAAGCUGCCAGCAGUACUGCUCUGAGCUCUGCAGAGCCUGAGGACCUGGGACUUGGUCCUAGAGCAUAUUUAGCUUUAGGGUGUCAGCUCACCUUCCCCAUCACUCUCUCCCUGUGCAGUCUGACACAGCCCGUGCAUUUUCACUUUGUAUCACAGAAACACAAAGCCAGUAGUUGACAGAACCCUCUUUUUGGGAAGGGGAGGAUACUCACUGGGUAUAUCCUGAAGCAAAAGUUUGACAAUAACAUCCUGGGGAAACAAUGGAUAGAUCAGACUUGGAGUCUUGUCGGCUUCAGUCACACCUGUGGCAGGUUCGAGGUUUGCCUUGGCUGGGGGAUGUUCCAGCCAGGUUUGUCGGUGCAGCACGGAGCUGCUGGCCCAGCCCCAGCCCUGCUGUGCCAACAGGUAACCCCACAUGUGCUUCACUACCCCAAAGCUUUUCUGCUUCCUGGCCUUGCCAUCUCCCAGCAGGCACAUCGGUGAGAAAGCAGUGUGAGGACAGGUCUCAGCCUGCCUUGCCUUGCCAACAGGGUUACAAAAUGGGUUCUAGGACCAAACCCUUUCCACAAAAUGUCAGGAUUAAAUAUUGAAAUCCUUGGCGUUGCCUGUGUGCUUAGAAGUGCUGAGGAAAGGAGCUUUAUCAAGAGGAUCAGCUGAAGCAGGGAAUUGUCCCUCCUGCUCCUUUUGCUUCCCAGGAAGCACGUGUGCUCCCCUGCCUGUGGCUCUACCUCCACAAGGCACUUCCAGCCCUAUUGCUAGACCAGAAAAAAUGGAGAUGUGAAGAGACCCCAGGGAACUGGGAGAACAAGGAAGAGGAGAGGUCCUGAUUUUGAGCAGGUUUUUUUGCAGGUUGCUCCUAGAAGCAGUCCUUUGGGGAGAUUGUCCUCAGAGCUCUUGAUCCUUGUGCUUGCUGCAGCACUUGGCUCAGCCAGGCCAGCAGCUGGGUGCACCUCACAGUUCCCCACUUCUGCCUGUAUUUCCUGCACCCUGGCUCAGGUUAUAGCAAGUGCACAACUGGGAUUGGUUUUCAGCCUUUGUUUUUGCCUCCUCCAAGGAGUAUAAGAAGGCCAGAGCCCUGGCUCUGCUGUGGGAAAGGCGUCCUCACAGAGUGAGGUGCCACAGCUGGAAAGUGCUGAGGCAGCUGGUGGGACAGGAGAAAAUGGUGUUGAGGGAGAGGAGAAAGGCUGGGUCGGUCUUGGUCUACCUAUGAAACUCAGUCAUUAGCAUGAGGUUCAGGAAUAUUGUUAAGGUACUGUGGGACUAAAUAUUACCUGCCCUUUAUGGACUUAUGCUUUGGGUUGGGGCCACACUAUCCAUCCCACUGAUGGCCCUGGGUUUCAGCAGCCGCCCUUGAACUGGAAAACUGCCAUUUUAGCUAAAUUAGAAGGAGCAGCAGCCACUGCCCCAGAGGCUGGACAACCCUCCCUCCUGCAGAGCCUCAGCCUGCAGAGCAAUUUGUGAGCUGACCCAUAACAAAGGGGAGCUCCCCUAAUGAGGGAACAUUACCAUCAUUACCCACAGCUGUUCAGGAAGGGAUCUUAUGCUUGUCUCAGUACUGGAAUCACUCAUUCUUUAGCCUCAGGACCUGUUGACUGUUGACAACAGAACCUGAGGAGGUCAAUAACCAUCCAGGGAGUGAGUGAUACAUCCUGGUCUACAGUUUCUGUUGAUUUAGCCUGUUCAGACAGGCCUAGUUCUUAAAUUUAACAGGCUUUAGCUAAAAUUUUACUGUGUUAAUUUGAAAUACUAAUAUAGUGAAUUAUUUAUUAUGGCAAGUAAUUCCACAGAAGAGUACAGAAUGAGAAAAAAAAUUCCAGAAGAUCUAAGUAAGGGGCAAUGUUAUGUUCCACUCUCCCAUAUGGUUCUACAAAGGCUUUCAUGGCUAAACCUCAGGCUUUCUCUCUGCCAGAGGUAAAAAGCUGCUUUCUCAUGAUCUCAGCAUAACAGGGUGUUCAGGGUGUUACUAGUUCGGUGAUGGUUUGGAAAAUGAGGGAAUGGGUUGUACUUACUGCUUCUUGCUUUUUCCUUCUCAAAAGUUUCAGAGUUUAAAAGUGAAAAGGUAGCUGUAAAUUAGCUGUAGUCUGCAAAAUGCAGCUGACUGUGAGGCAUAAUCCCCCCUCAGUUACCUGUGCUUUGUAGUCUCACAACAAUUGUUGAAGCAGACUUUAUUUAAAGAAAAAUAAGUAGGGACUAAGUAAGUGCACAGAAGGGACCCAUUGGAUAAAAGGGUAGGGCAAGAGAUGUCUUGGGAAUGUUUUAAUCUGUCAGAAAUGUGAUGACUAAAGGAGCAAUUACUGCUCUGUGUACCAUCCCUGGGCCUCUCCUACACUCACUCUGAAGUAUUUCUACAUUUCUCAUGCAACCUGCCCAUGUGACAAAUCCGCACACACGCUGUACCCAAUUAGUGUCAAGCUAAGAGCUGCUCUGCAUGUGUCUCACCUCUCUAAACCCCUCCUGGAAGCAAUUUUCCCAGCAUACAAAGAAUAAAUCACCAUUCUGCUAACUCUCUCAGAGGACAGUUCCCAAAUAAGGGCCAAAUAAACACAUGUAAUACAUGAUAAAACAUUAUAAUUAAUGAGAUAAUAUUCUUCCCAGCAGAAGCAGGUGCAGAGUAUUAGCUUUUUUAAGUGUUAAAUGUUAUAUGUAAUUACAUAUGGCAGGGUAGGUGAGACAAGGCACUUGAACAGGCACUUGUAGAAAACUAGUGAAACGACUUAACCCCAAAACCCAAUCCUUCCUCUAAAAAAAUAUAAAAAACCCCAACAAAACCCCAAACAAACUGGUAAAGAAAAAUCUAUGCACGUGUACUACAGGAAGUAUAACUGACUUUACCUGGGUCCCAGGCUCUCCAGAAGCAUCAGUAGAUGAAGAAGUGAGGAGGGCAGAGGGAGGGUGAGCAGCUUGCCCCACACACCCCUCCUGGGGCACCAACUGCACCAGGGUGAAACCGUUACCUUAAUGUGACAAAUGACUUAACACGGCCACACCUUGUGUAAUCAAUAGGCACUGUGCUGUUGGAAUCCUGUGCCUGGGAGUUUCCUGUGACGCUGCUGUCGCUCCUCACACACAUUUUUAGGUGACUACCAUCGUGCUGCCUGUUUUGGCUCUGGUGCACCAGGGGGCUCUGCUCCUCUGCUACUCUUGUGGGCUUCUGCUAAAGGCUGGCUGGGUCAGAAACCAUCAUGUACCAGUGAAGGAGCAGCUCCUCUAAACAGCCUUGGGGUGGCUCUAGUGAAAAUUGUGCUGAAGGAGUGAUGUGAGUUAGAGGUGACUGAGAAGGGCUGGGAGGGGAGCACUGAUGAGCUUACUGUGGGUAUGGGAUGAGUAGAGCCAAGCAGAGGCUUUGUGUUUUCAGCACCCUCUCUUUGGCUGCUAGAGGUGGGAGAGAGGACAUGUUUCCCUUCCCUAUCAGACAUUCCACUUGUGCCUCCCUCCCUGAGCCUGGGGAUGCCCUGGGCAGGAGGGCAGCAUGCCUGGGCUUCUGAACUCCUGUCGUGGUGCCACUGCUCAGCUUUAUGGGAGCCCAGGGCCUUUCUCCUCAGAGUGGGAUCCCUGCAUCUCCAGUGUCCUCCUCAUGUCCCAGAGAAGCCAAACAAGCAGGCCUGGCCCUCCAGCCCAAACAGGGGCUGUGCUGGAGCAGCCAUGGGCAGGGGUGGGGGGUGCUGACUAGUCAGGGCAGCUGAGCCCAUUGGUGCCUGAGGCAGGCUGGGAGCUGCCCAGCUCCUCUCCCUCAUACUGGUGGGAUUGGGCCUUGGUGCCUUCCCCAGAGCUCAGGGACACGAGAACACGCCUGGAGUGCAACUGGCAGUGGCCAGAGGACGCUGCGGAGCUGCCACUGCUCACCCUGUGAGUCAGGGGUGGCCACGUGAGGCCCCAGCACCAGCCCCGACGCCUUCCCGCCCACCCGCCACCACAAGCCAGGGCUGGCACUGGGAUCUCUGCCCCUGGGAUCCUGAACCACCGCACAGCCUUGCAGGUGAGUGCUUGGGAGGGGUUUAGGAGCUUCUUGGGGUCAAGCUCGAGGUGUUUCAGGGUUGUGUCCUUGCUCUUGGUACACAGUUGGGUUGUUGGUUGCUGUCCAAGGCAUCAAACCACUGUACAAGGGUUCUGGUGCUGUGGGGGUGAGCCAUGGGACUUCCCUGUAACCUCUCUCACUUCUUGACUCAGCUUCCUCAUCUUAUAAAUAUUUUUUUUCUCUGAAAUCCUCAUGGCAAGCCUAGACUGAAUGAGAGGAAGAGUUUUUUGCCUUAACUUAGACUACAAGCAUGAGCUCCUCUGGCUCCUGAUGAGCUCAUUUUCUUUCCUUCAGAACUUUGCAGUGACCACAGAGAAGCGCACAGUGCUAAAGGAGAAAUACAAACCAGGUAAUUUCAAAUGUUGUGUGUAAAUGCUUAUGGGAGCACUGCCAUUCCCAGCAGAGCUGGAAAACAGGCAGUGAGCAAACUGCUCCGGGUUUCCAGGUGUGAGGCUGGCAGCAGGGCAGCCACCGUGUCUGGGCUUGCUGUGAAAGCCAGGAGAGGAAGGAAGGGAUGGAGCUGUGGCAAGGAGUGGCUAUAUUUGGCAGCAGGAAGGCAAGCAGAGGGGUAGCAGAAUUACCUCACUGGUGUCACAGCCUGAGGAGACUGGAGCAGGAAUGGUUUCAAACUGAGCCAGUGUGGAUAAGUUUUUGUUGUCUCACUGAUAGAAACAGCUUUCACCACAGCCCUCCAGGACAUCUUCAUGUGGAACCAGCUGCUAUGAACUAAGACUUGCAGGUCUGGUAUUUCAACCCUGCGGUCCAGAAAGAGGCCUAAAGGAUUUAACUGUGCAAACACUGUUGCAAGGUUUAAGCUGAGCAAAUAGGAAGGCAGGAAAGAAAUUGAAAAAGGCAGAAACCAUAGGUGGAGAUACAUAACUGCACAGAAGUGACGCUCUUCGUUGUGCAGCCAAGAACGAGUCUGGCUGGGGUGUGGUGUGUGGUGUUCCUGCAUUUCAACAUCAGUGGUUGCUGACCUGGCAGAGGGACAAAUGCAUUUCCUGCAUUCCCUAUCAGGUGCUCACAGGCUCACAGUGCUGCUGCCACAGCCACAGCAGCAAAGGCUGGAUGUAAGUCAGGCAAAGGGAUGAUCUGCCAUUGUAGAGCUUUUGCAUGGACUCAUCAUUGGAAAUAAUUUCAAAGUGUUUCCUCACAAUACACCUCAGAGGCAGGUAAGCAGUUUUUUGGGCUCAGUCUUUAGAAGUGGUUAAAGAGUUUAUGUAAUUUUCUCGGAGCCUAAACAGUGGCUGAAAGGAGUUUCAAACUAAGGACCUCAUCACUUGCAGCCUUGGAAGGGAGAAAGCCCCCAGAAUUACCAACAUACUGAAAAUGUGGGAUCUUGACCUUGGUCCCAAAGGAGAGAUGGGUUUUACAGCUACUUUGGGGUCUGUUUGUUAUCUAAUUUCCUCUGAGAAUUGGUACCCUAAAAAGCUGUUCUGUUUGAAUGUUUGAUUGUGUGUUACACUGUCCUUCUGAAGAUAUUAACUGACCUGUCUGGGGUUUUGUAUUAGAAUAUUUUUUUGACUGAUGUGGUGGUUUCUAGAGAAGUGAAAGUGCCUGUAGGUAAAAAAACAGGUUUCCCUCUGGAAUAUUUGAAAGAAAUAUUUAGUUUUUAAACUACUUGAUUGGAAAUGUUUUGUUGAAUGGAUACAAAAAUCAUAUUGUAAGAAAAAGUGUGGAUGUAUAAAAUGCUUUCCUGUUACACUCUGCAUAGUGGAAACUGUGCUUCAGGCUCCCUGAGCAUCAUCUUCUGCAUCUCAGUACAAUAGUGAAUUAGUUGAAAUGUUGCAUGAGGGGAGAAGCAUCAGUGUGGGAUGCCUGGACCACAGUAGGCAUAAAGCUGAAGUUAAUGUAAAUUUCCUUGUUGGGAAGAACAGAUGUUGAAGCAUCAAAGUCUUCUGUGAGACAAAAAUUCAAAGUCUUGUGGGACUUUCCUAUGAACUAUUCUCCCUGGUCAAUACAUUUGAAGUAUUAAGAUGUCAAAGGUACAGAAUAAUCAUUCUGUUUUGUGAAUGGAACAGGACUUAUUAAGUUACUCACAUCUGUGGUAAAUAGUUAAUUAGACACCUUGGUAGCUGUAAAAAACAACAAUGUGAAUGAUCAAGUCCAACUUCUUUUUGUUUUACUCACGAUGAUCAAACUUUUGUUCUUUCCUAAUAACCAAAGGCCAGCCCAGCAGGACUCACUCAGAGGAAUCGAGAAUUGGGUCCCAGGAGGGUAAAUGAAUCAUGAUGUGAAACUCCCAUUGCAACAGAGAAGUGAUUUAAUAGCUGAAGGGCCAGAGAUACAUGCCAUGUUUGCAGAAAAUCAAACAUAAGACAGAAAACCAGAGAAGGUCAGUGAUGUGAUUCUAAUAUGCUUUUUCUCCCCUUUUGAACAGGCACAGCAAUGGAGAACUUGAAUGUCCUGGUCACAGAUCUUACUGAAGAGCAGCAAGACAUGUUCCAGAGGGUUUUUACUGCUGAUGCCAAUUACUUGGAGAAUCACGAGAAAACGAACCAGUCCUUUUGGGAAUCACUUGUAAAAUGUUUAGCCACCACUGACCCACCUAUCCUGAAUACUGAAGAAAAGAACAAUCUCCUCAACAGCUGCAAUGUCCUGCCUGGGGGCUGUGCUGCCUGCCUGAAAGCCAUAGAGAAGAAAGGAGUCAGGGCAAUGGCUGUUCUUUACCUCUUGCUGAAGGCAUCCAAUCCAUCUGGAUACAGACAGCUGCCCAGCUCCAAGGGAAAGGAUGAAAAGUUGAAACUUCUGAAGAGACUGGAAAGGAAUCUUGUACUUUCACAGGAGGAACAAAAGGCUGAAAAUUCAUCUCAUGAAUCCAUGGAUGAAGAUACACAAGACAGUGAUGAGGAAGAUUUAGGAAGACAGAAGACUGAAGGCCAGUUACUCGGAGGCACACCAGCAGAGAUGGUUCCCUACAGAGAUUCAGAGAUUACCAGAAGAGAAGAUUCAAUUGGAGAUGCAUAUGAGAACCAGAGCACUCCCCACACUCAGUGGGCAGUUCGGUGGAUGGGCAUACGGAAGGAUGAUGAAUUCUUUCAUUUUGUCAUUCUUUGCUUUGCAAUUGGAGCUUUACUAGUUUGCUACUACUACCACCAAGAUUGGACUAUUUCUCUUGGAAUUGGUUUAAUCACCUUUGCUUCCCUGGAAACCACUGGGAUAUACUUUGGUCUAGUGUAUCGGAUUCGGAGCGUCCUUGACAGCUUUGUUCCUCUGUUUGACAAAUUCAGGCCAAGAGGUGUGAGGAAAGCUGCCUAGGAGGAACGUUUCAGGAGAGUUCCACAAACCAUGCUGUCUGAAUUCUCAGUACUAGAAGAACUGCUUUAUGAGGUGAACCUAAAAACUGAAUGGCCAAUGUGAAAUAUUGAAAUGUCAAACCACUGAAAGACAUCACUCCUUCCCCUCAAAAAUAAACCUGAAACAGGGGUACAGGGCCCAUUCUUGCUUCCGAAGGGGUUUGUGGCUCAGCAAAGCUCAAACACAAACCAACAUCUAGACCGUGAUUGCCUUAAUUCCAUUAAAUAUGAACACAUUCUCCACGUGAUUCUGCCUGUGGUGUAUCAAAAUCAACAAAAUGACCUGUGCUGGUUCUGGAUGAGGCUCUGGAUGUUUCAGUAGGAAUCCUGGCAGCCCCAGAGGCACCUCCUCCUCCCUCCCUGUGAUGCCCAGAGCAGGCAGCCGUGGUGCUGCUCUCCCAGCUGAGCCCCAGCAGUGCAGCAGAGCUGAGGCAGAUUAACUGUGGCAGAACUCGGAGCAGUGGGUGGGCAAGGAUUGCACCUGGGGAGAGCUGGGGAGAUGUUACAUGCACUGACAUAAUGGUGCAGUAAUGAGAUUAUUAACAACAGCAAAUUUCAUCUCUUCUCCCGAGGGGAAAAAAUAAAGUGCUUGAUUUGACUCA